GCUCGGCGGCGCGAGCGGCGGCGGUAAGAUGGCGGCGGCGGAGCGCGAGGGCAGCCCCUCGCUGUCGGCCGGGGAGGAGGAGCCGCCGCUGGGGCUCGACUCGCUCGUCGAGGAAGCGGCGACGGCAGCUCCGAGCGCCGGGUUCCGGCUGACGGCCGUGCGGCGGGAGCCCGCGGUGCGGCUGCAGCACGGCGUCAGCGGGCUGGAACCGCUGGCCUGGUCGGAGGACCACCGGGUGUCGGUGAGCACGGCCCGCAGCAUCGCCGUGCUGGAGCAGCUCAGCGACGUCCACAGCGGCGGGCAGGAGAUGGUCAUCCACCGCACGGCCGUGCCCGCGCCCUCCGCCGCCUGUCUGCUCAAGGUUGGUCCAAGAAAGGAGGUAGCCGAAUGCAAGGAAAAGUUUGCAAAUUCCAUGGAUCCAACGGUUAGUCAAACUUUUAUGCUGGAUCGAGUAUUCAAUCCCGAGGGGAAGUCGCUGCCACCCAUGCGAGGAUUCAAGUAUUCCAGCUGGUCACCGCUGGGCUGCGACGCCAACGGGAGGUGCCUGCUUGCAGCUUUAACCAUGGACAAUCGAUUGACCAUCCAUGCAAACCUCAACAGGCUGCAGUGGUUGCAGCUGGUGGACCUGACAGAAAUCUAUGGGGAGCGUUUGUACGAAGCCAGUUACAGACUUUCAAAGGCUGACGCUCCCAGGGGGGAGCUGGGAGACUUCCCUGAAUUCCAGCGGCGGCACAGCAUGCAGACUCCAGUGCGCAUGGAGUGGUCGGGCAUCUGCACCACUCAGCAGGUCAAGCACAACAACGAAUGCCGGGAUGUCGGCAGCGUGCUCUUAGCAGUACUCUUUGAAAAUGGUAACAUUGCAGUUUGGCAAUUUCAGCUUCCGUUUCUGGGUGAGGAAUCAAUUUCUUCUUGCAAUACCAUAGAGUCUGGAAUAAGUUCCCCGAGUGUGUUGUCUUGGUGGGAAUAUGAACAUAACAACCGAAAGAUGAGUGGACUUAUUGUAGGGAGUGCUUUUGGGCCGGUUAAGAUCCUUCCUGUCAAUCUAAAAGCAGUCAAAGGCUACUUUACACUGAGACAACCUGUAGUCUUAUGGCAAGAGAUGGACCAGUUACCAGUGCAUAGUAUCAAAUGUAUUCCUCUCUACCACCCAUACCAGAAAUGUAGUUGUAGCUUAGUGGUGGCCGCAAGAGGAGCUUACAUGUUUUGGUGUCUCCUGUUGAUAUCCAAAGCAGGUCUGAAUGUCCAUAAUUCCCACGUGACAGGGCUUCAUUCUUUGCCAAUUGUAUCCAUGACUGCAGACAAACAGAACGGCACGGUGUAUACGUGCUCCAGUGAUGGAAAGGUAAGGCAGCUCAUUCCUAUAUUCACAGAUGUUGCUUUAAAGUUUGAGCACCAGCUGAUUAAGCUCUCGGAAGUGUUUGGCUCUGUCAGGACUCAUGGAAUAGCCGUUAGCCCGUGUGGGGCGUACUUGGCAGUUAUUACAACAGAGGGCAUGACUAACGGUCUGCACCCAGUUAACAAAAACUACCAAGUCCAGUUUGUCACCCUUAAGACUUUCGAGGAGGCAGCUGCGCAGCUCUUGGAGUCUUCUGUUCAGAACCUUUUCCGGCAGGUGGACUUGACAGAUCUUGUACGCUGGAAAAUCUUGAAGGAUAAGCAUAUUCCUCAAUUCUUACAGGAAGCACUGGAUAAAAAGAUUGAGAGCUGUGGUUCCACCUACUUCUGGCGGUUUAAGCUAUUUCUCCUAAGGAUUUUGUACCAGUCAAUGCAGAAAGCUCCCUCGGAGGUCAUGUGGAGACCUUCACACGAGGACACAAAAAUCUUGAUAUCGGAUUCCCCUGGGAUGGGCAGCACUGAAGAUGAUCAGGAGGAAGGAACUUCUAAACAAGCCAGCAGGCAGAGCCUGUGUGACACGGGCAAAGGUAUGGACAUAGAUGACACUGCAGAUGAUUCUCUUCCUCAGUCAAGUGACGUAGGAGGCCGCGAGCCAAUGGAAGAAAAGCUUCUUGAAAUACAGGCACAGAUUGAGGCAGUAGAAAUGCACUUGACACGAGAACACAUGAAACGGGUGUUGGGAGAAGUGUAUCUACACACAUGGAUUACAGAAAACACCAGUAUUCCCACCAGAGGAGUCUGUGACUUCUUAAUGUCCGAUGAUGGCUAUGAUGACAGAACAGCACGAGUGCUGAUCGGGCAUAUCUUAAAGAAAAUGAACAAACAGACUUUUCCAGAGCACUGCAGCUUGUGUAAAGAGAUCCUGCCGUUCACCGACCGCAAACAGGCAGUCUGCUCCAAUGGACAUAUUUGGCUCAGGUGCUUUCUAACUUACCAAUCCUGCCAGAGUUUGGUGUACAGGAGGUGUUUGCUUCACGACAGCAUUGCACGGCAUCCAACCCCAGAAGAUCCUGAAUGGAUCAAGAGGUUAUUGCAAGGACCUUGCACGUUCUGUGAUUCUCCUGUCUUCUAGAGAAAAGCUAUGUAAAGAUUGAAAGUACUUUCUCUACUGCAUAAGCUCCCUUCAGUCUCGAAGGAUACAGAGCACAGGAAUCGGACUUUACUGGAGGGGGAAGACAUUGUCCAUAGCCCUGUAAAUAGAACAUCAUUGGUUCUAGAAACUCCUUGAGUCCAGAGCCCAUUCAAUGCUCCAGAAACAGGAAUACAUCUGGAAGAGCGAGUUUAUGAAGUGGUUUGGAAAUGCACCCCCGCCCCGAAGCAUCAGCAGCUGGACACGCUUCCUUUUGCUGGAAAGGAACUGAAGUCUUAAGCACGCAGCAUGAACUGUCCUUUCUGCCUGACAACAAUGUGACUUCCCAAAAGCCAGGACGGGAACAGUGGAGCUGCCUCUUGAAUGCUCUUGGUGGGUAGAGAAGGCUUCAGCUUGUAGUGCUCUCACUUGCUUUUUAACAAGCACUGGCACUUGCUGCAGAAUAUUAAACUAUCAAAAUAAUUUGUGUUCUAAUUUCUUGCAGAGCGAAGCAUAUGCCAGUUACAGCCAUAUGAAAGAAAUUGGCUGUUAUAUUGGUUUUACUUUAGAGGAGUAACUGCCUCUUAACUGUUUGAACAGUAUUGCAGUCAGAAGGGUAAUACUGGCUGGCUGGGUCAAAUGUGGAUCAGUAAGAAUAAUUUUUAAAUGUAAUAAUUAUUAAACUAAUAGCAAUUAGAUUAAACACUAAUAUAUACACACGAUUUCCAAUGCUCCUAAGUCUCUUGCCCCCCUUUCUUUCCCUGAACUAAGUUCUAACUACUUCCUAGCUUUUUGCCAAUGUAUAUGCCUUUUGUUUCACUUAACCUCUACCAACAGGAAUGAUCUUUUCCAGUGUAACUCAGUUAACCAAAACCAUUACCAAUUUAUCUUAUUUUUGGUUGAAUUGAGAGUCUCCCUCAUACAGUAAUUGAGUUUUACAGAAGUUUGACACACAAGUAAUCACUCUCAGCUGACGGUCUCUCUUUUCUUAAUAAAGCAGUAAAACACUCACAAACCAACCAACAAAACACCCCAAACCCAACCACCACCACCGUGGCUGACACAUAAUAGGUAAAGUUUCCAUGGAUGGUCAUGGAGUCUGUUGGAGCUACUCUUGUAUAAUCCUGACUUUCUCAUCAAGAGAUUCAUAAAUACACCAGUGAUGUAGCAUGGCUGAGCCCAGAGACUUAAUCUGCUUCCUAACUGUCCUAUCACAAAAAACCCCAUCUUUCUCUCUUUAUAUCUCAUUCCUGUGGGGAGCAGGAGAAUAAUUUUCAACUUCCUAUGCAGCGUUAAGAGGAAUAAUACCUCAAAAAUGUGUACAGUGAUUUGGUACAGUUUGUCUUGUUAACUCCAUGUUGUCAAAUAAUCCAAAGCUUAUGUAUUUACAUUCUUCAGAGUACCUGUCUGGACACUCAGCUGUGUUGUCCUGUCUGUGGUUCUCAUGACACUUCUUACUGUGUGUGAAGUGCUCUGUAGCUCCUUGAGAAAUCGAGGAACUGUCUGACAGUAUCAGUCUCCAGCAGUGCAUGUGUGGAUCGGUGCUUAAACUUCCUUGAGUCAAUGACUAUGCAUAUCUUCUUAAUGUUCCUUCACCUUCAGUAGGAGCAAGUCUUUUUCAGCUAACAUUAAACCAAGUCCUUACUAUUCCCUGUUUCAUGCAUUAAGCAUGAUAGUGCUUUGACUGCAAAUAACUAAUAUAGUAGCCUAGAACAGCAGAAGCACAUUCGUCUGUAAAAUAGCCUUGUUUGUAAAUAUCCUUGGAAGUGAUACCAUAACUGUAUUAAAGAAAUGUUUAGUUUUUUA